AUGUCAAGAAGACCAGUAUUAGAGGAAGUAGAUGACGAUGACAUCGAUAAUAUGGACAUGGACCUCGCGCAGUUUGAUCCUUCGUUGAACACACCCAUAGCCCCCUUGAGAGCUCAGCCUACCGUUACACGAUCACAAGACCUGGAGCCAUCUUUAUUCCCCAAUAUACCUGUACCAUCUGCAAAACCCCCAGCAACCUCUCCCGGAGGAAUCGCCCUGGAUGCAAUCAGGGACCCCAAACUGUUCACUGACGAAGAAAAACGGGAAUUCAAAGCCUACCAAACCAUAUAUCCUUGUUAUUUUGACAAGAACAGGAGCCACAAACAGGGAAGAAGAGUGUCUGAAGAAAAUGCGGUGGAAAACCCCUUGGCCUUAACCAUCGGUGAUGCUUGUCGGUUCUUACAAUUUCCAGUAUUGUUAGAGUUGGAUAGGACACAUCCCCGGGACUUUGGAAACCCUGGAAGAGUGAAGGUGUUGUUGAGAAAAAACGGCGAGCCAAUCGACGAGUUUGUGAAAAACAAACGACAGGUGUUGAACGCUAUUGGAAAGUACUUGAAAACCCACCCCACCACUUUGAACAGUGUAAGCGCUAGUAGUGGACACCCCAUACCUGAAGAGUACAUGGUUGGAUUCACACCUGAAAAAAUACCUAAAGUUAGAGGAUUCAAGAUGAACACAAUUGUACCGGUACAUUCGCCCUUCACCAUGAAGCAUCCUAUGACACAAGGUAUAUAUGCACCCCGCCCCGAGGCUCCGGCCAUAGCUGCUGCUCCCAAGGCCCCCAAAAAGAAGAUCAAGAAAAUAAGAGCUUGA